AUGGCAUCUCCUGCCGACGAUCGCGGAUUUGUGAAAUGUGCAGAGAGCACCAAACUUAAUCCUUAUAAUUGCGAGUGUGGUUGCCGUUCUGGGUAUUACGAACGCUUUGGGCGAUGCCGAGCCCGUCUUAUUGGACCACAAGAAAUCAACGUUACAGCGUGCAUGUCCGAAGCAGGAUUAGACUGUGAACAUAGAUGUCUGAACGAUACAGAUGGUGAUCAUGUCUGUGAAUGUAACCCUGGUUACAGACUGGCUGGCGAUAAACAACGAUGUAUUGCUUGUUUCGAUGCUCAUAACGUUUGUGAGAAUGGUGGACAAUUGAAAUGGAGUGAAGAUCAUUGCAAAUGUUUUUGUCCUAUUCCGUGGGCUGGAAGGUCUUAUCAAGAGUGUAAUCUGUAUUCCUGCGCCAACGGAGGCGUACUGGAUUACGAUAAUUGUCGAUGCGACUGCGCAGCUGGAUGGCGCGGAGUCAGUUGCGAAGAAACCUGUGAAGUCGAUCAAUCUAUGAUAUGCGAUGUCGGGUCUUUGCCGUUCUGUCAGUCUGUUGCCAUUGUGAAAACGAAGUGCACGGUUCUCUGUGGUGUCUGUGUCCCAUAA